CAUGAACACACGUGACGUCAUGCUUGGUAACCGAUGUCAACAAACGGUUGCUAAGUAAACCAUGCUGGUCUCAGGCUGCUCCUUCUUAGGAAUUCUCUGCAAAAAAUGUCUCCGCCGCCAGUAGCAGUGAGAAUUGUGCUAUUAAGAACGAGAGCCACGUGAAGACGUCACUUAGUAAUCAGAUACGAAUUAAGAAAGAGAGAGACAGCACCAUGACGCUGGGGCAGGAGGCACCAGUCACCCCAUCCUCCCCUGGGCGUCAGGGCACCCCAGGAACCGCCUCGGUGUCAUCAUCAACAUCGUCGGAAUCGAGGGGAAGCAAGAUGUCCCAAAAGGAGCGAUGGCGCCUUUUGCUUGUGUCAUCAAGGGCUCGUCAUGUGGGACCAAUUGCACAGGCUAUUCUUCCGGGGGUCCUGCUUGUCACCUUCAAGUAUGAGACCUCCACACUUGACCAUAUCCUAAGUCAGGUAGCUACUGCUCUAGCUGGGAGAAAGGUGGAAACUAUUGGAGUGGUGCUGCACGGUUCAGAGGUGCAGCUUCACCUAUGUGGGCCAGGGGAAAAGGUGUUGAGUGUGCACUCAGCGGCCGAACAAGUGUCAGUGAGGGAGUUCCUGAGUACGCUGGUCAACGCCCACGUGGAUAAGACACUCAUGAAUGCUCGUCUUGAUUUCCUGGCCGCCCACCCGGCCCACGAUCCGCAAAAUGGCCACACCAUUGCUGUCACGCUCCAUGAACUCUUGCAGAUCCCAGUGACACUGAGCAAGGACCUGCAGGGAUCGGGCGUGGAAGUAGUGAGGUGGGGCCCUGAGGGUUCAGUCCCUGUUACUCUCGGGGAGCUCUAUUUUGACCUGACCAGGCUCAAGGAUGCCCUGAAAAUGGCAGGCAGUGGGGCCAAGAAACGGGUCAAAGAUCUGGAUCAUGACUACGAGAAGAUUAGGCUGGUGGGCAAAGGGGCGUUUGGUAGUGCUAUCCUGUACCGACGGAAGGAGGACGAGACCAUGGUCGUCAUCAAGGAGAUCAACAUGCUAGAACUUUCAGCGUCCGAGCGGCAGAUGGCCCUCAAUGAGGUCAAUGUGCUGGCCAUGCUUGACCACCCUAACAUCAUCAGUUACAUGGACAGCUUUGAGAGGGACACAGUACUGUGUAUCGAGAUGGAAUACGCUGAUGGGGGGAGUCUGGCACAGUACCUGACACAACGGGUCAAGCGAAUAGAGGAGCGAGAGAUCCUCAUCUUCUUCCACCAGAUUACCUCUGCUCUCAGCUACAUGCACCAGCACCACAUUCUUCAUAGGGAUUUGAAGACGGCCAACAUUUUCCUGACAAAGCAAGGGGUGGUGAAGGUGGGCGACUUUGGCAUAAGUAAGAUGAUGAACACCCGCUCAGCCCAUGCCCAUACCGUCCUGGGCACACCCUACUACAUCAGUCCAGAGAUGUGUGAGGGGAAGGAGUACGACUCCAAGAGUGACAUCUGGGCCCUGGGGUGUAUACUGUAUGAGAUGGCCUGCCUCCAGAAAACCUUUGAGGGCUCCAACCUUCCUGCUCUCGUCAACAAGAUUAUGAAGGGUCAGUUUGCUCCCAUUAAAGGCAACUAUUCUCCAGGAUUCAAACAGUUGGUGCGUGACCUUCUGCAGCGGGACCCCGAGUUCCGCCCCACUGCUGCUGAGGUUGUGUCAGAGCGUCUUCCGGAGCUGCUAGCCCAAUUUUACGAUAAUAUGGGCAUGGAGGAAAUUGACGACGAGCUCAAGCAGUCUAUCGAGGCUGCCAGACAGACCCAUGCCUCCAGGUCAUCUCGGCCGCCCCGCUCGGUGGUCUACCACAUGAAGGUCUACGACUCCGCAAUUAGCCUCAACCCAGUCCCUCUCCCUCCUAGGACCCGAGUUAAGGAACUGGCUGUCUCCAGCACCCACCUUGUUCUCCUUACCUCAGAGUGCCUGGUGUAUACGUGGGGCGAGGGCAAGAAGGGUCAGCUGGGUCACGAGAGCUUAGAGGCGUGGCGUGGGCGGCCAGCAGUUGUGGAAUCCCUCAAGGGAAAGGCAAUUACACGUGUGUGUGCUGGUGAUGGCUUCUCCAUUUUCGCCUCCGAUAAUGGCAUUGUCAUGACGUGCGGCGAUGGGACCUCCGGCUGCCUUGGCCAUGGUGACUGGAAUAGCUCCACUAAGCCGAAGCUCAUAGAGCGCUUGCUAGCAGUGGACGUAGGAGGCAUCAGCUGCGGGAGUCAACAUGUGGUGGUGGUGGCAGCGGAGGGUGUCGUGCUGACCUGGGGUCGCGGAGAAGGGGGCAGGUUGGGAACUGGGAAUGAGGACGACUUGUGCCUGCCAACGGAAAUUGAGCUUCCCGAGGAUGUGGUGGUGUCCAACGUAAAGUGUGGGGGUGAUGGGACCCUGCUGCUCACUGACCAGGGGGCCAUGCUUGCCUUUGGCAAGAACACUAGAAACAAGCUGGGGCUCUCAGAGGGAGGAGGACUCUUCAGCAUCAAGUUCAAGAAAGACGUAGAGAAGGCACUGGUGGCCACACGGGUGAAGAGUGUGGGGUGCCGGGUGGUGGAUGUGGCCAUGGGGCCCUCUCACACUGCCAUCCUCACAGAGACUGGACAGGCUUUGACAUUCGGCCGUAACUGCGAGGGCCAGCUCGGCAAGGGAAAUACUCGCUCCGUCAGUCAGCCAGUGCUUGUCCGCAGCAUGUCUUCUAAAAUUGUUACUAUGGUCGAGUGCGGGUCGACGUUCACUGUGGCCGGCACAAUCAACAAUGCCCUCUACCUGUGGGGCACCAGAGCUGUCAGCCCUCACUCCAGACCCAACACACAGAAUCAUUGUGACCCCCAGGAAGGAUUUACGAACACCUGGGGUCAGCGCAGUGCCUUAGGGUCAGCUGUGGCUAGUGGCAAGGAUCAAGACUUCCACUUUUCAGGAAAAGACGAGGACAACCAUAACAAGGCUGAAGCAGGUGAUGGCAGUGGUUAUCGCAGCAGUGGAGGUAGUGCGAGUAGUGGCAGUGCAAGUAGUGGUGGUGACAUAGGAUCUGCACAAGAAGCAGUUGCAAGACACCAGCGUGAGAUCAGGAUGAGGGAUGUUCUCCUCCACCCGCAGGAGGUCCUUGCAUUGUAUGCCUCACAAGCCCAGAUUGCCAAGGGAGAGACAGUCAACCUUGCAAGUCUUCACUGCCAGAACCAGAGUAUCUUCCUGGUGGUGGACACAACAGUUCCACUCCCCAGGGCGGGAAGUUCCUUGCCAGCAGAGGUGGAGGAAGCAGCUGGAAUAAAACUAGGAAGGGGGAUUGCGGACAAGGAGAAGGAAAGCAGUAAGGGAAAGGAGAAGAGCAAUGAAAAGGAGGAUAGCGAAGAUGACGUAGAGAUGGAUUCCAUGGGACCGGUCCCAGAUUGGCUGAAGGCAGAGUUGAACGAUGCAGAUGAAGUGUGGGCAGGAGGUAGAGCUGCGAAAAAGAAACCCCAGCGCCGUAAGACGUCCCCACCAAGGAGGCUCUCCAAACAGCCCGGUAAAGACAACAGAUUUAACAACAACAACAACAGGAGACAGGGUAGAAUGACAGCCAGGCCAGAUCCGUCAUCUCGUGACCCUGUGCGAUCACCGUUUAUGCCACCAUCUCCAAGCCCCGGAGAGAGGAACAGACAGCAGGUAAAAGCUGACAAGAAGGAACCCAAGUCCUCAAAGCAAAGGAACAAAAAUGCAGAUGAUAAGAAAAGAGAAAAGGAGGCAAGGUUGGCUAGGGAGAAGGAAGAGGCCCUCAACCAGGAGAUCGAGAAGUUGCGCUUGGAGUUGCACCGCCACCAGCAGCAGCUGCAGGAGAGGAUGAUAGAUGACAGACUUAAGGAACAGAAAGCCGCUGAAGAGAAUUCUGCCGAGAGGGAUUCUGCUGUGUGUUGCCUCAUGUAGGAUGGACCAAUUAGAGACAAGAUAUGAUGGACAGUGUUUGAUCCCUGAUGCUCCAAAUGGCUAUGCACCAUUCCCUUACUCCAUCCAUAUAUCCCAGGUCCUUGUCCUCAUGCACCAGCUCCUCAUCCCCAUACACCAUCUCCUUGUCCCCAUAACCAAAUGCCUUCU